AUGUCUACCGGAGACCCUGGGUCCCCACUGCCGGCACCGCCACCACCGGUAUCCGCCACCAGCGUCCAGCCCCCCCGCGACCGGAUCCCGAUAAGCUCGAAGAAGACGCAAGUCACGGGCCCCGCCACCGCCGCACCCAACUAUGCUGCCGCUGCGAGUCAGAUGGCGGCUCAAACACCUGAACAACAGCAACAACAACAACAGCGUGCCAAGGCUCUGGGCAGCCUCCUACAAGCCAUGGGUGCUGUACCCGGAAACCGCAUGGAUCGCUGGGUCCAGGCCAUCUACUUCGCCGAACUCUACCCCGUCGCCACCGCCACAUCGCUGAAAUUUUCGGCCUUGAACGCGAACCGGUCCGUCGAGAACAUCUUCGAUUACGCCCUUGAAGUGACUCUGUCUCACCAGAGCGCCUCGCGAGUGACUCAUGCCGACAAGAUCGAUCUCGUGGCCUGCGUCACGAGGCUGCUAUCGCCCAUCUCUCCUAUCUGCUUUGAGCCUGGAGUUCCUCUGCCGGACCAUCUUGCGGCUUAUCAACCACAGAUCUUAGGCGUACAACAUUCAUCAAUCCUGCGUAAUGGGGCGGCUCACCAUCGCGUUACGGUUGGGUUCGUCACCGGCGAGGCACGUGACGCGGCGCUCACGACGCCCCCCGCUCUCACUUGGCGAUCGGCGAAGGCCCGCUUCGCGAAGUCUCACAGGUUCCACCAUAACAUGGUCGAGCUUCGAAUCAACGUCGGUGUUCAAGGAGUGCCCUCCAUGGAUGCCAUCAUCAAAUCGUUCCAAUCACUUGUGCAAGACCUGUCAGGCAAGGGACAUUCAUGCCAACUUGUGCAGGUUCUGCGCGUUAUCAGCGUGGACAACGCCUCGGCCUUCGCCCACGUUGCCGGAGACUACUCGGCUUUCCUACACUUCGAUGACGACUCCCUAUUCCAACGCCCCAACACGACCUUGAAGGAGAUUCUACCUUCGAGGAUCGACCUUCCCACUCGAGGCAUCCCGGUUACCGCCCUUCGCCAUGACUAUGAGAAGGAGGCGGCUUGCGGUAGGUGCCACUUUGUGGGUCACGUGGGAACCUGCGGACUGGAUCAGGAGAGGAAGCGGAAGGAGGCUCACAACGGCAUCAUCAACAGCAACAAAAACACCAUCACCCACAACACCAACAUCGCGGAGGCCGAGGCCCCCAUUCCUGUGCUGGUUGUUAACAGGAUCGCAUCACAGAAUCACUUCGCCGGGCUCGAGGUCGAGGAGGGACAGGAGGAAGAGGUAACUGGCCAGGGCGAACAGGGACCGGAGGAAUCGGGGGAGGAAGACGCUGGUGAUAAGGCGGAUGACGAGGACUCGGAGGACUCGGAGAUGGAAUCGGAGGCGGCCGCGAAAACGGAGGUCAUCAAAAUUGAAAGCGAGGACGAGUCGGUCUUGGAGGACUGCAGCGGAUCCGAUGGAGAGGUGAUUGAUGAGAAUGAGGUGAUGGCGGAUGAAAGAGGUGAAACGGAAGGAGAGGUGGCUACGGAGAUGGAGGAAGAGGAGGUGGCAACGGAGGUGGGCGAUGUGGACGAAGCGAGGGGAUCGACGAAAGCGGAGAAUGCGGAAGCGACGGACUUAGGGGAAACGAACAGGCUGGACAAUGACGACGACAGCGACGCCACAGCAACCGCCGCCACCGCUUCCCGCGAAUCGACGCCGCAUGAACCAACCCCACCUCUGUCACCCGAAACUCUCGCCAAGUCGCUACGCGAGGGGGAGGAGUGGGACAGGAUCAGAGCUAACUGGGUUGAGCAGGCACGACUUGAGCGGGACCAAAGCAUCGAGAGGAGGCUCAACGCUGAAACCCCCCCUCUGGUGCGUCACAACUUUGCCACGUGGGACGAGGACGGUGAGAUACGCUCCAUCAACAUCAGGGGGACCGCUGCGAAGUUCAAGAAGCAGGUGAUGAAGAGGUCGCAGACUGCGGCGGACCUCAGUGACCCAAGUGACGAACCGACCGACGCCAAGCGAGUCAUCAUCAAAGGGAAGAGCCGCGUCGUGGUGAAGGAUGGAAUAGAGGGGCGGAGGGUGACGAGGUCGAUGUCGGCGGCAGCGGCGAUGCAGGUCGAGGUGACGAAGGUGGACAGAGGGAAAGGAAGAGGGGUAGCUGAGGAAAAACGAUGGUCCGACCACGAGCCCGAGGACGAUGUCCUGCCCGCCCUUCCCCUCUUUGAGGACGUCACCACCGCCAAGAGCGCCUCGACCUCGACUACCCAUUAAUGAUCAAGCACACCAUCAUCACCUGGAACGUAAGAAGGGGCAUGGGGGUCCCGGAAAAACGACGUAAUAUCUACACCUACCUUUCCACAUUCAAAGCUUCCGCGAUUCUCUUACAAGAGCAUUUCAUCAGACCACAAUUCUGGCAGCUCAUCAAGGACGAGUACGAGGGCAAGCUCUUCAUCAACCAGCACUGCCUGACCCUGAUCCCGGCCGACUCGCCCCUGAUCGACGCCGAGCUCUUGCGCACCCACUCGGCACUCGACGGCCGGCUCCUCGUCACCUCCUUUCGUCUGCGGGGCGACAUCAAAAUUCUAGAAAUCAAUAACCUCUACGCGCCCGUUGACCCAAAACAACGAGCAAAAUUCUUCGACAAACUGAUCCUCCACAAAACACAGAAAUCCCACCUCCGACUCCUUGGCGGCGAUCUCAACGACUGCCCGCGCCCAGAAGUCGAUCGGCGGAACCAAAGUCGGCGCGGCCACCACUGGCCGAUUCUGAUGGGCAAGCUCGACUCGGCCUACACGGACUGCAUCCGCUACAAGCACCCCAUCACCCCAUCUUUCACUCGACCUAAUCCCAAUCGCAAGCGACCCAACUCCUUCUCCCGGCUUGACUACUUUCUCCUACAAAGAGCUCACCAAAAAAGGCUCGACCAGGCCUCGACGAUCUACGACUAUCCCAAGGAUCUUUCCGAUCACCGACCGGUCUUGAUCGUACUAGCUCUCUCAGACGAUCUUGAUGCGGCUCUCCCACAGCUCAGCCUACCUACCACAUCCGACCAACUACAUCGAAUCAAUACCACAACCUUCAAGACGGUGGAAUUUCAGCGGAUGAUGGAAGGAUGGUUGGAAGGGGCAAGCGGGGAGGAUCCGGUGCGAGAGCUUGAGGAGGUUCUGGAGGCGUGCAGGGACAGGGGUGGGGAGAUGGCGAGGAGGCUGCAUCGGGAGCGGACGGAACGGAUGGAGUAUUUGGUGGGGAGGGUGCAGGAUCUGGAGGCGUUACCGGUAUGGGGGGAGGCGGAAACGGCAGAAUGGACAAGGACGUCCGAGGAACUCAAGCGGGCGGUCGAGGAGCGCGCGCGCCUACUCCGGAUCCGAGCCCACGUCCCCGAGAUCGCUUCCGAGGAACGACUGUCGCGGCCGGUCCACGCCAAGCUCGCGGCGCGGAACUCGGACUCCAAGAUCACAGCACUGCGCUUGGGCAACGGAGAGCUAACGCAUGACAUUGAUGUCGCUCUUGACCACACGCAGGCGCAUUUCCAGCGCCUCUACCACAUCGAGCCUCGUGAUCCGGAACGCGUCGACCGACUUCGGGACGAACUCCUCGUGCCGAUCAGGGCGGCACGGACUUGCGACGACCCGCGCUCAGAUCCGCUCUUUCUGCGCCGACUCUCGGAAGCGCAGAUUGAUCUCCUCCAGCAACCCAUCACCGAGGACGAGGUCGUGGCCGCGAUCGGGACGACGCACCCGGGGCGAUCGCCGGGCCCGUCGGGCGUGCCUUACGAACUCUAUCAGACCGCACCGGAGGCGUGGUCCAAGGUGCUGACCAAGGCCUACAACGCGAUGAUCGAGCGCGGUUCACUCUCUCCCAAGCAGGGCCAGGGACUCGUGCGCCUCAUCUUCAAGCGCCACAAGAAGAAUGCCGAUCGCGCCGAACUCUCGUCGUAUCGCCCCAUCACCCUGCGCGAGUGCGAUUACAAGAUUUUUACCAAGGUCUACGUCGCCCGAUUGAACCAAAUUCUGCCCGAUCUCCUCCCGCCGCAGCAGCACGGCUUCGUCAAGGACCGCCGAUCGGCCGACGCUGCACUACACCUUCGUCUCCUGAUCGAGGAACUUGGCGCGCGCAGGACCGAGUUCCCCGCGGCCGCGCUCUUGUCUCUUGACCAAUCAUCCGCCUACGACCUCGUCGAGCAUGACUGGAUCUUUGCCAUCUUCGACGCUCUGGGCGCUCCUACCACCUUUCUUCGCGUGCUGAGGAUGCUCUACUCGGGUGACUCGACCUCGGCGCGCUACAUCAUCAAUGGGUUCCUGACGGCGCCGGUGCGACUGACGUGUGGGCUCGGCCAAGGGGACCCGGCGUCAUCGUCGGUCUGGGACAUCGUGUUUCAGCCGUUCCUGGAUGCUCUACACCGUCGAAACAUCGCGCUGAAUCUCUCCAUACCUGCACUUCAUCCGUACCCACAGAGCCGCGCCAUUACAUCACUUGCAUUUGCCGAUGACGUUGUCGUCGCCGUCGCGGGCUUGGAGUCACUCAACUUGCUCGAUGACCUGGCGCUCGACUGGAGGCAUGCAACGAAUGGCCGGCUCAACACGGACAAGACGGUCGUCCUACCGAUUGGACGUCGCUGGGACCCUGGGGAACGGCCAAUCGUCGUCAAGGCCGCAGGCGAGUCGCUCGAGUGGAUCGGCCUCCCCUUCGACCCCAGCGGCGACACCGAACUCGCCUACGCGAAUCUCAUCGAACGGCUCGAGGCGACGCUGGAAGCGGUUCAGCAUCGCUGGCUCACGCACCACACCCGUGCCUUUUACGUCAAUCGGUACGCCAUUCCCAAGAUCCUGCAUUUCCUUGCAGCCGACAUCCCGCCGCCCGAAGUCGUCAAGAAGCUCGAUGACAUGCUCGUCGAUUUCGUCCGUGGGGGCAAGGGCAGGACCAGCUACGGCAGAGACAUUGUGUUCACCGCCAAGAACAAGGGGGGACUCGGGGUGAUAAGGAUGCGGGACGUUGUGGACGCGGUUGCGGCACGGCUCUGGGACGUUCUUCUCGGCGGUUCCGGCGCGAUUUGGCAAGGACUUGCGCGCGCAUCACUCCAGCGAGCUCAGCCCGACCUCGACCUGGCCACCGAUCUCUGGCCACAUCCAUCUACUCCCAUCCCCAACGACCUUCAUCCCCGAUGGCACGCCGCACUGGGCGUUCCGAAACUUCACGACGCGCAGGUCAACCCGAGGGCCUUGACCACCGCGAACUUGCUCGCGCUGCCCACCCUGCUCGGCAGCCUCCACACCCCCAUCAGAGGGAGACAGACCAUCGACGCGGUUCAUGUACCUGACUACCUUCGUCUCCAGGGCUACCCGAAGGUGGCGGAUCUCUAUCGACGCGAGUUGUAUGCGGGUGGGGGGUUUCACCUCUGGACGCCGCCGGCGGAUGUGCUCGGCGACAACAGCGAGUACGAUCGACGCGGGCUCCCGCAGCGACUGGCAAUCGCGGCCUGGUACCGGUUCACUGUCGAUCGACACAAGAACACCCCCUUGGCGGCGGCGGUGGCGGCGGGACGACUCAACGUGCCUCCCCGGAUCGGCACCAGCGCACCACUCGAGGCGAUCAUCCCCAAGCCCGUGGCCCGCUUCGCAAUGGAGCAGCGCCUUCCGGACCCGGUGCUUCCACAACAGGCGAGCCAGUAUACGCUGCUGAACAUGGCUCGCCCCUACACAGUCCGUCGCAUCCGCCGGGUCCUGAACGCGAAGGCAUUUACCAACAUGCUCGGGCUCAAGGGACCACCGCAGCCGGACGACCUCAGGAGCUUCUGGAAGGCAGUCAACUCGAAGGCACUGACAGCAAGGGAGAGGGAAGUUUGGUUCAAGCUGAUCCUCCGCUUCACCCCGACGUGUCAGGAGCACAGCCUGCACUGCCAUCAAUACUCGAAGGAAGUCUCCCAAGUUUGCGGCCGGAGUCGACAUCAGCUACCGGUUUGUUCGUUGCAAGCAUUGUCGGCGCGAUGGUGUAGUCGUGAGGGCGCGCGGGCGCGCACUCAGUGGUCGAGGGUUCGAUCCGCCCGGAGCGUGAUCUGCCUUUUGGUUUCUUUUCCUUUUUGUUAUCCGAGGCCCGGCUUCGGGGUUUUUACCGGUGCCUUGCAGGCAAUCCUUUUUACCCCUGAAGCGACCUCGUGGUGUAGUUAUUUGAUUCAGUCUUUCCUUCGCUCGGAGCACUUCCCUCCUUUUGCUUUUGCCACCCUUCCCCUAGAGCUUGGUCCACUCAUUAUCAUGACUCGUACCCUCCCUCUUUUUACCCAUUUCGCUGGCAAUUAAGUCCGUUACACUUGAUUUGCUGCGAAGCCUUCCGACCGAAUCCACUCCUCGGUUGCUCUCGGUCGACUGCCGCCGCCCAGCCGACUCGACCUUCCCAUCGGCCUGGUCAGCUAUUUCUUGGAUCGUUUGCCCUUCCUCUUUUGUCCGACCUCGUUGGCCACCAUAGUCCGGUACACUGGACUUGCUGCGAGCCUUGCAGCCGCGUAUCCUCCGCGGUUGCCUCUCGGUCGACUUCCGCCGCCCAGCCGACUCGACCUUCCCACCGGCCUGGUCAGCUAUUUCUUGGAUCGUUUGCCCUCCCUCUUCUGUCCGACCUCGUUGGCUACCAUAGUUCGGUACACUGGACUUGCUGCGAGCCUUGCAGCCGCGUAUCCUCCGCGGUUGCCUCUCGGUCGACUGCCGCCGCCUCGGUCGACACCCCCUUCGCUCCUUCGCGCUUUCGCGCGCUCUCUCGCUCUCUCCCUCGUCUCUCGCGUGUAGUCAUCGUCAUCCCCUCCGACGUUGCCUGUCACGACGCGCAAGCUCCAGCACGAGCAAAAGCACGACACUUCUCCCGCGUGCCUCGUCUGCGAAGCGCCGGUGGACGACACCGAUCACUACUUCUUCGGCUGCUUCGACUCGCGAAACGUCUGGAUCGCGGCGAGGGGCGUGCUCUGCGACGCGCUCGGAUGCGACACGAUCGAGGACGCCGAGUACACGACGCUUCAACGACUCUUUGGCCUCCCCAAGCUCAAGGCCAAGCUCAGCGCACAGGAAGGCGCGGGCAGGACGAUCGAGAUCUUCACGGGGAUGGUUUUGGAGAUGAUCAGCAGUGGGAGAUGGAGGAUGCAGAAGCACGGGACGAGGAUGGAAAGCGUGGAGAGGAGGAGGGUGGUACUGGAGGAGAGGAUGAAGUUGAGGGCGGGAGGAGCAAGAGGCAGGCGAGUGCAGUAG